GACCACGACCAGACGUUUCCCGACCGUCGAAGAGAAUGGACUUCAUUGGCUACAGGCACUAUAAACUCCUGAAAUACUGGUUCUACGUGAUGGGACUGACAUCGUACAAACCAAUGCAGUUAAGAGUGGUGCAUACUACGAUCGUAUGUUUGUUAUUUUUUCUCGGGUCAACGUUUACCGUGUUUUCUCUUGUGGAAAAUAACUGCACCUCUCAAUUGUUUUCAUUCCAAACAAGCAUUGCAGUUUUAAUCGCAAAUAUAAAUAUAACGUAUGGUUUGUUACUUGUGAAAUCUGUAAACAUAAAGGAAUGGUUAAAAGAUAUCAAACGUGAUUGGAAUCAUAUACAAUACAAGGAAGAAUUUAAAAUACUUAAAACAUGUGUAGCGAUUGGAAAUUAUUAUUUAAAUAUUUAUUUAAGUAAGAAGUAAAUUAAUCGUCGCAUAAGGCGGUGAGAAUACGUAUAACGAUAAUAUUUUACAUUUAAAAUGCAUUGCAGUUAUAAUGUGUAUCGGUUAUUUCAUUCUUACUGUGACGCUGUUUCUUCCACGUCACAUUCUCGAGAUUUUAAUAUCUACAAACAAAACUCUCUGUUAUUUGCCGUCUAUUUCAAUGACGCUUCUGGAAAAAUCUCGAAAUCAUAAUUUGUUUUUCAUUUUGACGAACAUUACAUUUAUUUUGAAUGGAAUAGUUUUGUAUUGUUGUGACAUUUUCUUUUUAUUGACUACAUUACAUAUACGUGGACUGUACAAAAUUGCUGUGUGAGUAUAGUUUUGGUUCUAUACAAAUAGAGAUUGGAUUAUGAAGUUUUUCACACUUAUUAGUUACCAAAUGAAAAAUGUCGUGGAUGGAAAUUCAAUGAAAACGACUAUUCCCAAGAUGGAUAUCGUUAUACGCAAGAAAAUAAUAAAU